AUGCUAUCUCAUCCCCGCAUAGUGCUGUCAGGUUUCACACGGAUCGUGCCACUCAGCACCGUCAUCGUUGACGAGGCCAGUCAAAUCGAGUUAGGAGACUAUUUACCUCUACUCGGCAACUUCGGAAGCAAGAUCAAGAAGUUGGCUUUCAUUGGCGAUGAUAAGCAGCGUACGUUCGAUUUGACCAGCUUGUCCGUCGCUCUCACACUAGCGCUCUCGUUCUCAGUCGCCCCAUAUGGUCAGGACGACUUGGGCAAUCUCUCAAGCAUCUUCGAGCUGGCUCAUCUACACAAAGACGCAGUGUUCCUGGACACGCAAUGUAAAUACCUGUUGGUCCUCGUCAUAUUGAUUACUGAACUACAAUCGUCAGAUCGCAUGCCAAAGCCCAUUGGGCAGUUCAUCUCGCGACAUGUCUACGGCGGUCAGUUGAAGACAUGUCAUUCUAUCAUAAGUCGACAAUCUUGCCGUCUGAUCGACGUUGCGAAAGGCAAGGAGCAGAAGUCCGGCAACAGUUGGACGAAUGUAUCCGAAGCUGACGCAGUUGUCCGCAUCGCUAAGCAGUUACAUGAGCAGGGCAAGACAACGAGGAUCAUCACGCCCUAUGACGCGCAGCGUAACUUGCUCGAAAGUCGGCUGAAGGCGGCAUCUCUUCCUUGGGAGAACAAAUGUUUCAAUGUCGACUCUUUCCAAGGUAACGAGGAGGACCAUAUCAUAAUCUCCAUCGUGCGUUCUGAGAAGAUCGGAUUCUUGUCAAAUAUGAGACGAACGAACGUCAUGCUCACUCGAUGCAAGAAGAGCAUGCUAAUCUGCACUAGUCGUGCGUUUUUGCAGCACAAAGCGAAGGCCUCACUCAUAGGCAAACUGGCUGAUGAGUGGGGAGACGAUGCGUGGUUGACCUGGCAAGACGUAUUGGCUGGCAAAUUCUAA